AUGAUAUGCGUGCGCCGCCAGACGGACUCCGGCCGUCUUCAUGAGGAUACUGGUGACAAGCCUGGCCCCGAGAUCAUGGUGGCUCCCGAUUCCGAGGCUCCUGCAAAUCCUCGGAUAGCGGCCGCCGCGCAUGAAAGUCCUUCAGCUGCCGAAGCGCGCCACAGCGCCGACUUGUACAUUCGCACCAGCUGGGUAGACGCAGCCUUAGCGCUCUCCGAACUACAAAAGGGUAAUAUCGAAGGAGGGCGUACAUCAUUGUGGAUACGUGCGUGGCUUCAGGAACAGCUAUUCAUAUUGGGCUGUUUUCUACAAGGCGACGCUGGCAAAGUAUUAUUUGUCGCGAUACUAGUGCUCUCCACAUUCUGCGUCGGAUUGAAAUCUGCGCAGAUUCAUUCCAGAGUCGACCAACUGUGGGUUCAAGAGGGUGGUCGUCUCGAAGCUGAACUAAAGUAUACUGCGAAAGCGCUGGGUGAAGCUGACUCUUCGACACACCAGCUUAUCAUACAGACUGCUAAGGAUCCUGACGUAUCUCUAUUACACGCAGGCGCGCUGCUCGAGCACCUAAAGGUGGUUCACGCGGCAACUCGUGUAACCGUCCAUAUGUAUGAUAUAGAGUGGCGGCUAAAAGACUUGUGCUACAGCCCCAGCAUCCCUGAUUUCGAAGCGUAUCACAUAGAGAAAAUCAUCGAUAAUAUCAUUCCAUGCGCUAUCAUUACACCACUUGAUUGUUUCUGGGAAGGGUCCAAGUUGCUUGGACCAGAUUACCCGAUAUUUGUUCCAGGUCUUCAUCACAAAUUACAAUGGACACAUUUGCACCCUCAAGAGGUUUUAGAAGAAGUGCGGAAGUUGAGGUUUCAAUUCCCAUUCAGCACAAUGGAGGCUUAUAUGAAGAGGGCUGGUAUAACCUCCGCCUACAUGAAGAAACCGUGUCUCGACCCCACCGAUAUACAUUGUCCAGACACGGCUCCGAACAAGAAAACACGCAAUAUUCCAGAUGUAGCUGCGGAGCUAUCACACGGGUGCUACGGUUUCGCGGCGGCGUAUAUGCAUUGGCCGGAACAGCUUAUAGUAGGUGGUGCAACGAGGAAUUCCACAUCAGCACUACGAAGUGCCAAGGCGUUACAAACGGUGGUGCAACUGAUGGGCGAGCGAGAGAUGUACGAGUACUGGGCCGAUCACUACAGGGUGCAUCAUGUUGGCUGGACGCAAGAGAAAGCUGCCGCAGUCUUAGAUUCCUGGCAAAGGAAGUUUGCUGCUGAGGUACGAAAAAUGACGACAAGAGAAUCAGUAUCACCAGCGUACAGCUUCUAUCCGUUUUCGACGUCAACCUUAAAUGAUAUACUCGGCAAAUUCUCUGAGCUAUCUCUCAAAAAUAUCUUGCUAGGAUAUAUGUUAAUGUUAAUUUAUGUUGCCGUGACCCUUAUGCAAUGGCGUGAUCCGGUUCGUUCUCAAGCCGGUGUGGGCAUAGCAGGGGUACUCUUGCUUUCCAUUACAGUCGCAGCGGGUCUAGGGUUUUGUGCUUUGUUAGGAAUACCUUUCAACGCUUCAAGUACGCAGAUAGUGCCUUUCCUCGCACUGGGCUUAGGUGUCCAAGAUAUGUUCCUUCUCACUCACACGUACGUGGAGCAAGCGGGAGAUGUACCACGUGAAGAGCGGACGGGUCUGGUACUAAAAAAGAGCGGGCUCAGCGUCCUGUUGGCUUCGUUAUGUAAUGUGAUGGCCUUUCUCGCUGCAGCUCUCUUACCGAUACCAGCAUUACGGGUGUUUUGUCUUCAGGCAGCUAUUUUGCUCCUGUUUAACCUGGGAUCGAUGCUACUGGUGUUCCCUGCGAUGAUAUCCCUGGACCUACGACGAAGAUCAGCGGCGCGGUCUGACUUGCUCUGUUGUUGGACGCCGGAGAGUCCUAUGCCGACACGACCUACGAAGAUUGCUGAACGGUCGAGAUCACGAAGUGGAAAGACUGAUAAGAAUAAUUAUAAAGAUACGACGAGACAGCCUUUGGAUCCUGAAGACAUGGGAGAGCAGUCGAGGGUGACGUGCUGUCUCAGUUUAUCGCUCACGAAGUGGGCGAAGAAUCAUUAUGCACCAUUUAUCAUGCGGCCUUCAGUCAAGGUGACGUCAAUGUUGGCGUUGAUCGCAGUUAUAUUAGCCAGCGUUUGGGGAACAACGAAAGUCAAAGACGGUCUUGAUCUCACAGACAUUGUUCCAGAAAAUACAGACGAACACGAAUUUCUCUACCGCCAAGAGAAAUAUUUCGGCUUUUACAGCAUGUACGCUGUUACGCAAGGGGACUUCGAAUAUCCCACCAAUCAGAAGCUUCUGUACGAAUACCACGACCAGUUUGUUAGGAUACCGAAUAUUAUCAAGAACGAUAACGGUGGACUUACGAAAUUCUGGUUGAGUCUCUUCCGUGACUGGUUACUAGAUUUACAGGCUGUGUAUGAUAGGGAAGUAGAGAGUGGAUGCAUAACGCAAGAGUACUGGUACAAAAACGCAAGCGACGAGGGUAUAUUGGCAUAUAAAUUAAUGGUACAGACCGGACAUGUAGACAAUCCCACCGACAGAUCUCUAGUUACAAAGGAUACGAAAAACGGUCACAGAUUGGUUGACAAGGAUGGUAUUAUAAACCCCAAGGCGUUUUAUAAUUACCUAUCAGCUUGGGCCACGAAUGAUGCAUUGGCAUAUGGAGCGGCACAAGGAAACUUGAAGCCUCAACCAAAAAGAUGGACACAUUCACCUAGUGACGUGGAUCUUAAGAUACCUAAAUCAUCUCCAUUAAUAUACACCCAAUUGCCUUUCUACUUAUCAGGACUUAGUGACACAGAAAGUAUAAAGAGCCUGAUAAUGUCAGUACGAGAGCUGUGUCUAAAAUUUGAAGCGAAGGGAUUGUCUAAUUUUCCCUCUGGUAUUCCUUUUUUGUUCUGGGAGCAGUACUUGUAUUUAAGGACGUCGCUGUUGAUGGCUCUUGUUUGCGCUUUGGCUGCAGUUUUUGUGGCUGUUAUGGUGCUUCUUCUGAAUUUUUGGGCGGCGGUAUUAGUUACAUUGGCUCUCGCGACCCUGGUCCUUCAACUACUUGGUACAAUGGCCCUUCUCGGGGUUAAGCUGUCAGCGGUACCUGCUGUCUUACUUGUGUUAGCUAUCGGCAGAGGGGUUCAUUUCACUGUACACUUAUGUUUGGCAUUCGUAACAUCAAUCGGUUGCAACCGACGACGAGCAUCGCUGGCUAUAGAAUCUGUCCUGGCUCCAGUAUUCCACGGAGCUUUGGCGUCAGCACUCGCCGCAUCCAUGUUGGCCACAAGCGAGUUUGGAUUCGUAGCCAGACUAUUCUUGAGACUUCUCCUUGCAUUGGUGCUACUUGGUCUUUUAGACGGGCUACUUUUCUUCCCUAUCGUGCUAGCUAUAUUGGGACCAGCAGCUGAGGUGCGACCUCUACAAUAUCCAGAGCGCCUGUCAACACCAUCACCAAAAUCUUCACCAGUUCAUACUCGAAAGUCUACAUCGUCUAACAGCGACAAACCAUCGCGAGGCAGCAAGAACGUCCCUCGACCAAGCGCUCCAUCCCUCACAACAAUCACUGAAGAACCUCCAUCUUGGCACAGUUCGGCACCGUCCGUACAAUCGUCAAUGCAAUCUAUUGUUGUACAGCCAGAAGUUGUAGUUGAAACUACUACGUAUAAUGGAAGUGAUUCUGCGUCUGGAAGGUCAACACCUACUUCUAAGACACCGCACGGCGCUGUCACUACUAAGGUUACGGCGACAGCAAAUAUAAAGGUGGAGGUCGUGACACCUAGCGAUAGAAAAUCUCGACGGUCGUAUCACUACUACGACAGACGCAGAGAUCGCGACGACGACCGAGACAGAGAACGGGACCGCGAUAGAGAUAGAGAUCGAGAACGUGACAGAGACCGUGACCGUGAUCGAGAGCGGGACAGAGAUAGAUCCAGGGAUCGUGAGCGGAGAGACCGGUAUAGAGAUGAGAGAGAACACCGCGCUUCUCCCAGAGAAAAUGGCCGCGAUUCAGGACACGAAAGUGACUCGUCAAGACAUUGA